CACGGUCACGGGGAAUCCGUGGGAGCACAGGCUCCGCCCACGACAUGCUCGUCUCCAGGGGCGCGUGCGUGGGGGGGUUUGCCUCGCGAUCAGCUCGAGCAGCAGAGGCUGUAAUGAACACAGAGUCAUAGCACGCGACCGUAUAACAGAGCACUGCAGUUUACAGAAGACUCAUGAACGCGCGCUGCGGCAGUCUGAGGAAUAAAUGAAGAAUUCAACAAUGCUCUGACCCACAGGAUCAAGAUUGCUGAGUGAUGAAUGGUAUCUGAAGGAUACGUAUUUUGGGAAUACGUAGGGGACUGAAGAUUUCGAGUGGCAUUCAUGAAGGAUUUGUUGGCAGCCAAAUUGAUUGGCUGAGUGUUCGUUGACCCAUGUAAGCCCUUUUCAAAUGAUCAUGGCGAAGACAACCGACUCUCUCAAUCUGUCCUUCCUCCUGGAGCAUGAAAGACAGAUGAUCCUCAAUGUCCUCCAGAAAGACGAGAAGCUCCGUAAACGAGAGGAGAAACGCAUCAGGAAGUUAAAAAAUGAACUUUUGGAACUAAAGCGAGUCGGGCGACGCAGUUCGGCGGAUCAGCGUGAGUGCGUCGUAUGUCUGCGGGCUCUGGGUCUCAUCCUGCAGAGGGGUAAUGUGUGUACCAACUGUCAUCGGCGCGUCUGCAAUUUCUGCACUGCUACGCCUUCAGACAGCAAACACUGCAAAUGCACCGUGUGUGCAAAGACUGCGGAACUGAAGGUAGUUACAGGAGAAUGGUUUCAGGAAGAGAGAUCAAAAAGGUUUCAACAUGCCGGCAUACCCAGCAGUGAUGUAGUCAAACAGUCUAUUCUCAACAGUCCAGCAGAUGGAGGUUCCACCCAGCGCCAGCCGUCUCCAUCAGAGUUGGAGAGAUCAGCCACGCCCCAGCUUGAGAUACCAGGCACACCUCAAUCACAGAAAAGCACAGGAAAGAUCAGAAAAGGGAAGAAAGCACUUGCAGUGGAAUCAUCAGGAUUGCCAACAACACCCAAUAACAUGCGAGCACAAACACCCCAAAUGCCCACCCAAAUGGAGGGUAGAAACAGGCCGGACGGGGCAGAGAGCGUGACUAGUAUACAAAGUAGUGACAGCGGUCCAGAAAAAAUUACGGAUGGGCGGAGACAAACACAUUCUAGAACACCCUCCAUCGCCGUAUCCAGGGCCUCCCUCUCAUCAGAUCGCAGUCGUUCAGAGGUUGACCUCAGUAUUGCCGGGGAUGACUUCAGUGAAGACCCAUUGGUUAAUCGCUGCCGUUCAGUACCCGGGCUCAACGAUGAGGACUCGGAUGAGGACAUCGAUGCUUUGUUAUCGGCACAUUACAAAACCAACCGGAGCGACAGCUUGGCACAAUCAAUGUCUUCCACACCUGCCUCGGAGAGAAAGUGGGGUUUCCUUAAUGUACCUGACUCAGACGCUGACACUAGGCCGUCACACAUGCACUCAAACACAAGCUUGAGACAGACGGACAACCCAACACUUAUUCUGUCUGCUCUCCAGACCAGUAUCAACAGUAUGAUGAGCGUGUACAGCGAAACGGGAGACUACGGCAACAUACGGGUAUCCGGGGAGAUCCUGCUUAACAUCUCCUACAGCUAUAAAACAGGGGCACUCAAUGUGCUCGUCCGCGAGUGCCGCUGCCUAGCAACCGGGGAUGAGAGGAAACAGCGCACAGAUCCGUAUGUUAAAACGUAUCUUUUGCCAGACAAAUCCCGUCAAAGCAAGAGGAAAACCAGUAUCAAAAGCAACACUACUAACCCAGUGUUCAAUGAGAACCUAAGGUAUGUGGUCAGUCACUCUCAGCUAGAGACGCGCACACUGCAGGUGUCUGUGUGGCAUCACGAUCGCUUCGGACAGAACACCUUCCUAGGAGAGGCAGAAAUUCCCUUUGACUCUUGGGAGUUUGACUCUCAUUUAGAGGAAUGGUUUGCACUGCAGCCCAGGAAUGAUCCUUAUGUAGAUUCAGUGAUGCAUUAUAAAGGUGAACUGACAGUGGUUUUGAAGUACAUUCCUGCAGAGAGAAAUGCCACCCUGCCUGUGGACCAAGUGCAAGUAAAAAAGGGAUUUCUUAAAGGAAAGAAAUUCAUCACUCUUCCUAAAGGUGGAAUGGUGGAGUUGUUGGUUAAGGAGGCCAAAAACUUAACAGCAGUAAAAGGAGGUUCAUCCGAUCCGUUCGUCAAAGGAUACCUCCUGCCCGAUGACAAAAAAAGCACAAAGCACAAGACGGCCGUGGUGAAGCGCACAGUAAACCCACGCUGGAAUCACACAUUCACAUACUGCGGCCUGCAGCACAGUGAUCUGGACAACGUGUGUCUUGAGCUCACCGUGUGGGACAGAGAACCACUCUCCAGCAACGUUUUCUUGGGUGGGGUACGGCUCGGGGCCGGGACAGGUCUGAGUUACGGGAAGGAAGUGGACUGGAAUGAUGCUUACGGGGAGGAGCAGCGGCUAUGGCAACGCAUGAUUGACAACCCAGAAGUCCCUCAGGAGUGCACGCUGAUGCUGCGAUCCAGCAUGGCCAAAAGAAAGACUUAGAAGAAUACACACAGAGAGUGUUUCUCUGGCAAUACGCAUUAAAUCUGAUCAUCACUAGACACUUUAAAAUGCUUUUAGGCAUUAUUCACAUUCUAAUUCUUUUAGUGUGAAUUUGCAUACUAAAUUCUUAAAACACAUUUGUUGCAUACUGUACGUAUGUCUGUAUAGGCCCGUAGGGCACUGGUACAUCUGGUGUUUACAUUAGUUUGGGUAAUUUGGAGCUAUUUUCUGUGAUUAGAUUUACCCGAUCUUAGACCACAUUCAUUCCUGGCAUUAACACUGACUUAAAUCCAGAUGUAAAAGACAACUGUGUUUAUGGAAUAUUCAUGUAAUCUAGAUAAUCAUACACACACAUUAACAUCGGGUGUAACUUGAGGACUGUUCAAAAGAGCACAGUAAACAUUUGAAUCACAUCAUUGUCCAGAAAGAACAAAGCACUAGGCACUUCUUUACACAUGCACAAAAAUAAAUCGCAUCUGCAGACAACACAUACAACAAACACUGCUGAAUAUGAUUAGGAUUGUGUUCCUGUUUACCAGCUGGUAGUGACUGGCGUCAACAAUGCCAUGAUCAUGGGUUUGUUUCCCAGGGUAUGCAGAUGCCAGAUACUGAUAAUAUGUACAGCUUAAAUGCACUGAAAGUUUGGAUUAUAGCAUUUGCUAAAUACAUAAAUGACCAAAAGUUGAGGCGAAGAAAAUUUAUUUAAAGGUGCAAUGUGGGACCAAUAGAAGGAUCUAUUGACAGAAAUGCAACGUAAUAUACAUAACUAUUAUCAAUGUUGGGGAAAGUUACUUUUAAAAGUAAUGCUUUACAAUAUUAAGUUACUCUCCAAAAAAGUAACUAAUUGUGUUAGUUGGUUGAGGCCUGAUCGCUUUCAGGCCUUGAGGGUGUUUUUUAUGACUGAGAAGUUCUGCGUUCAGAAAUUGCAUAUUUCCAUCGCAAAAAUUUUAUCUCCGUUUCUGACUCAAACUGUUCCUGUUCUAUAGAGGGCGUAAUUCUAUGUGACUACAUUCAGUUUAAUUCAGUAGUUGUUUUUUAUUAAAUUGAAUAAUUAAACUGAAAAGUAACUAAUUGAAAAGCGCAAAUUGAACGUUGCCGCUGGAAACACGCGAGUGAACAAAUCUGAACUUCGGCAGAUUUCGGCGCCAAAUUAACCAAUCAGGACCUUGCUGUAGUAGUGACGUGAUUACAUAGCCUGGCUCCGCCCUCCUACGUGCUUCCGCUUAAUUUUCAUUUCGCUUCAGUACUACGUCUGGGACUGUUGUGUAGAGUUUCGUUUUCUCCUGCAAAAAUCUGCAGGUCCAAUCAGCGAACAGAUGGGGGUGGCUAAGAACGAUGACUUUGAGUCUUUUGAGUUUGAGUUGUAGUUCAGUAAUGGCUGCGGAGAAAUACGUGAGGAAAGCUAUUCAGUCCGUUGUUGCAAAACUUCAGAAUAUCCAGAAGUUAAAGCCGGAGCAAGAACAAUGUUUGCUAAGUUUUGUUGGUCUGAUCAUUUGGACUUGUUGUAACGUUAGCGAUUGGUUAUGGCAGAUUCAGAGUGACUCUGGGCAGAUCCAAUAGAUUUAAACUUCAACAGAGGACCCUCCUUAACGGAAGUAGCACUUUGCAAUGGAGCGUGGCCAGACUCUCUGUACAAAUGAAAUGAAUGUACGAGAGUCUGGUUGGACCAGGCUAGUGAUUACAGGAAGCGAGCGGAGUCUCAGCAGAGUCGCAGAAGCCCCUCCCGAAUGACUAGAAUUUCACGCGCUUAUGAAGCGAGUAAACUCAAAUGUUCAAGCGUCCAACUACGCACGAAUAGCGCGUUUUUGCCGCCUCUACCGCGGCUGGUGUAAACGCAGCAUUAGUCAUUGGUUGCAAUUCACAAUCUCACCACUAAAUGCCGCUAAAAUUCCACAUUGCACCUUUAAUAAAGCAUUGUCGUAGUUUACAUUAUAAUACUGUUUCAAUAUUCUCACAGCAAGAUUUAUUAUUAAUUCAGUUUUUUAUAUGAAUAUUUUUGACAUGUAGAGCAAGUCUGUGAGAAGGAUAAACAUACUGUAUCAUUAGGUCAGUGCAUAAUUUAUAUACAACCAAAAUGUAAACUGUAAUAGCUAAAAAAAAGGUUUAAUGUCCAUAUAAAAAAGAAGUGACUAUAGAUGUUAAUUUGUACCUGUGAUUCCCAACCUAAUAACAAGCAUUUCCAUGAGCACAUGUAUACAAAGAUGCACAAACAUCUGUAGACAUCCUGAGGUGUGUAUGUAUUACCUCAGAUCUGUCCUGGUUAUGUUGCAAAGCUAAAAAAACAUUUCUGAAGACAAUGUGGUUGAUUAUAUUAAAUUAUCUCCAGGUCAUAGUUAUGAUAAAAUGAUAGUUGGGUAGAGGGAGUGCAAAUUGACAUUUCAUAAUAUUGCUGGCUCUUUUUUGUUAUGAAAUCCUUCUGUCUGAUAAAGACAAAUCACAAUUCAGCAUGCAAAUGUUACCUCUACAUCAUCAUAGAUUUUAAUGACAUUUAAACUAAUACAGAAAAUGUCAACAUGUUUGUUUCAAAACAUGUUCAUAAAAACAAAAAUACAUCUAAUGAUAUCAAAGUUGUAAUAGAUCCUAUAUUUUAGAUGAAAAAAUGCAUUAGAAUAAUGCACUAGAAGCACAAGUCCCAAUGCUGAAUUUUGUGGUGAUCCAUUUCGUGAUGUCACUCACUGUGUGGACUCCAUGAAUAUAUUUGUGUACAAUGUGUCCUUAAACCCAUUCCUUUAAAGCAUCAAUUACAAAUCUAAACAAAUCUAUUAGACCUUAAGAACGUAUACAACAUGAUAUAUGAGACUUAUAAUAAAGUGAUUAGAUUUUGUGGCAUGUAGACUUUAUCAAUGUCAAAGUGUGACCUCCACUGUUACAUGUGUAAACAAUGUCCAAAAUUGUCUAAAGCUGUUAGAUCCACAGUAUGUUUGAUGCAGUUUCCACUCUCAUCCAGAUUUUCGAUAAACCAUGUACUGGUCUGUACUUAUAUUUCCUUCAGAAAGAUAAUAAACUGUUAUUAACCACC